UCUAUUGCGUGAGAUUGAGAAUCUAGGUUUAGAUGAAGAUGAUUUAAAAAUCAUUCGCAAAAAAAAAAUUAAUAGCCAUGUUUUUCUCAAAACUAGUAAAGAAGAUUUUGAACGAUAUGGUCUAGAAGCUGGUUCUGCUAUAACAGGAUGA